AUGGCCCACCUCACGCUCUCCGACCCGCCGACGCAGCGCAAGCGCGCCGCACACUGGACCAACGACCACGGUACGGGCUUCACCAACCCGUGGCCCAGUGCAAAGGGACCUCCAGCGCUUUCGCACGUUGCCAAGUUCUCAUGGCAAGGCAUGCACAUCCAGAAGCCAGAGGUCAAGGACCCGCACGCCUUCCUGCCCAUGCAAAAGCCCGACUUUACACCCCCAACCGAGGGCGUCAAGGCCACCUGGCUCGGCCACGCAUGUGUGCUCGCCCAGUUCGCCACGGAUGGCGGCAAGAACAGCAUCAACGUCCUCUUCGACCCCGUGUUCAGCGACCGCUGCGGGCCGGGCGGAUACCUCGGACCCAAGCGGUACACGGCCGUCCCAUGCGGCGGCGUCGAGGGGUUGCCCGAGAUUGACGUCGUGGCCAUCUCGCACAACCACUACGACCACCUGGACCGGUCGACGCUGUCCGAGAUCUUUGCCAAGCAAAAGCGCACGCCGGCGCUCGUCGCCUCGCUCAACACCUGGCGCGUUCUCGACGGCAUCUCGCCCAAGGCCAAGCAAGUGUACCGCGAGGCCGACUGGUGGGAGACGAUCGAGGGUCGACAUCAACGUCGAGGCCUCUGGGCCGGCUGGGCCGUGCAGGGCGACGCUGGGUCGGUGUACUUUGCCGGUGACACUGGCUACGCCGCCGUCGAGACCGAGACGUACGAGAUCGACCCCGCCGUCCCCGUGUGCCCGGCCUUCAAGGAGAUUGGCGAGCGCUUUGGCGGCUUUGACCUCGCGUUCCUCCCCAUCGGCGCGUAUGCCCCCCGCUGGUUCCUCUCCACGGUCCACUGCGCGCCCAUCGACACCGUCAGGCUGUUCCAGGAUGUGCGCGCGAAAAAGGCCAUGGCCAUACACUGGGGUACCUGGGACCUGUCGCACGAGCAGCUCUCCGAGCCCGCCACGAUGCUCGCCGAGGCGCGCGACGUCGUCGGCCUCACCAAGGAGCAGUUUGACGUCGUCGACCUCGGCGCUAGCAUCUCGAGCGUCCCGGCCGCGGCCGCAGCCACCGCUCGCGUCCCCGAGGCGCAGGCGCAGGCGCAGGAGCAGGAGCCCAAGCAGGCCGAGGCUGAGGCGGAGCUCGAGCGUGCGGUCGCAUAG